GUUUUUUUAUCUGCUUGACGCCGCCAAAAAGAGGAGAUCGGGGAGUGAGCCACGAAGGGAACAACACACAUUGUCGGAUCUCCGAAUCGCGGCCAUGUGUGAUUCUUUGAGCACGUCGCGGUACACCGGCAUGCCUAAGACAUGGAAGAAGCUCAAGUACGAUAACCUCAUGCGCGGGGAUGAUGAUGAGCUACAAGGAGUCAUCCUUCGAGCCGGACGAAAUUCGAAACCGAUGAAGCUCGUGAGAGGAAGAAUGUUGGAAGACCUGGAGAACUUCGAAAGCAAGCGUUUCCGAUCUGCAAAGGAAAUAUAUGAUAUGAUUAAAGGUCAUAUUGAUGCCGUGAACCCACAGCUCUAUGACGACGACCCGUCAGAUCCGGGGAGAUUCUGCUUUAUGGUAUGCGGGUUCAUCAACAAAGAACCAUUCAUUUUCAAUGCCGGGCACAGGGUUCCAGGGCUUGAUAGUGGUUUCCAACUAGUGCCGUUCACAUGCGCCGGGAGUGGGGCACAAUACACAAAACAAAUAUUUGAUGUCGCAAAAGAAAGUCCGGAGAUUGAGAUGGUUGAGGUGGGAUCUUUUUUGGUCCCAAAGUUCUCAAGCAAGGACAAGGUUUUUUUGUGGGCUAAGAAAAUGAUGACCGCUGCUAGUAUCUCCGAUCCAGGUCGUACGGGUGGGACGUUGAACUUGCUUCAUUUUUCCUCCAAUACCUCAAUGAGCAAGGAUACUGCUCUUUUAGACUGUCUGGUGGACUGCAACCCAACUGUUCAUGCUAUUGUUAGUGGUAUUUGGAGGGAGCCAACAGAGGAAGAUGUCAAAAAGUGGGAGCUUCUUGAUGCCGAUCGUCCAUGAGAAGAUUGGUAUGUCUUCUUGAUGUGGUUUGCGUAUGAUCUUCCCCGAAUCGGGCUGGAGGGGGAGAUUGUUGUGGGUCCAGCCCAUUUUGUUUGGGUUCCAUUUUUCUUUGGUGGAGGGCCCAAUUAUGUUUUUUCCUUGGUUGACUAACAAAAGGAAGGAAGUAAAAGGGCUGGGAGUGGGAGGACUUACGACAGAGCAGAGAGAAAAAAAAUCAGAAUUGAGAGAGGAAAGGUGCUGGUGCAGAAUGUACAGACCAGCCGCACAAAUUCGAUCAUCGCCGGAGAUCCAACCGUUGGAUUGAGCUGAAAUUUUCAGAGUUUGUUCCCAACACUUAGGGCUUCAAUCUGUUCAAUUUUCACGUCAAUGGAGCUACGGAUCUUCUGUAAUCGCAGCUGGUGCGACGCUGCGUUUUUGGGUGAUAAUCCUGAUUUUCCUUCUCUAUUGUUGAUGGCUCUUAUGUAUGUUGUUGUUGGUGGGCUGUGACAUCCUUGUAGACUGAGUUUGGGUGUUUUUACCUUCAAUUUGCAUAAUAAGAGAAGAAGAGGGCGGACUCCCUAUAAGUCCCGUGGUUUUUAUCCUUCACAUCGAAGGGGUUUUCCACGUAUAAAAAUCGUGUGUCGUUUGCAUCUUUAUUCUUCAUAUUUGGAUGUGGUUUAUUUGAUGUGUUGCUGAUUUUGUGUGCUUGGUUAAUCAAUUGUGGUAAAUUGG